CCGAUAACCUCGAGCUAUCGGGGCUUGCACCUUACUUUUCUGCCCAGAGCUGUGGAAAUCAUGCUAACAAAGUGCGAAAACAUUGGGAAUGCUGUGAAGACUCUUAUUACCAGUUUGUGGAUCAUUGCUAGUGUGUGUUUUGUAGGUGUCCGCGGCCAGGAGGGUAAUGGCUGUGGACAUACCCUGCUGGGUGCAGAGUCUGGCACCCUGGCCUCUCAGAAGUAUCCAGGCACCUACCCCAGUAACAUCAUUUGUAAAUGGAGGAUUCGAGUGUCAGAAGAGCGGACACUGCGACUGCUGUUUGGGGAUCUUGACAUCGAGAACAGUCCGGGCUGUAGAAAUGGUUCUCUUGUGAUCACAGACAAAAAUGGAAAACCCAGACUGGGUCCAGUAUGUGGGAAACUUGAUGCAUCACAGAAGAAUGUGUCACUUGAAACUAAUGAAGUGACAAUAACCUUCAAGUCAGGCCCACACCACACUGGACGAGGGUUUUUACUGUCAUAUGCGACUGACCAAUAUCCAGAGCUCAUUUCCUGUUUACAACGCGGAUCUCACUUUAAUUCGCAGUAUUUGAGGAUUUACUGUCCUGCUGGGUGUAAGAAUGUCACAGGUGACGUUUGGGGAAGCUUUGAGCAGGGCUACAGAGAUACCUCAGUCCUGUGCAAAUCUGCCGUCCAUGCUGGUGUGGUGUCUGAUAGCCUGGGAGGUCGCGUCACUGUGACUCGUGGUAGAAGUCUGACGCUCUAUGAAUCGACUUUUGCCAAUGGAAUCCUGUCCAAAAUGGGAUCAUUAUCUGAAAAGAAGCUGCUUUUUAGCCAAGAUUGUAGCAGCAUCCUGGCUGUUUCUGGUCUAAAUGCCUCAUCCUUUUGGGACAAAAAUAGUCAGGAGUACCGAAUGUUCUGGGCCUCAGGAAACAUUGAUUCAGGUCACGAGUUCCUACCCUGGGCAGCAGAUAGUAAUGAUCGUAACCCCUGGGUGGAGUUGGAACUGAGUGAUAGAAGCACAGUAACAGGAAUAAUAACAACAGGAUCAAAUGAGUACAUUGAAUCCUACAGUCUUCUUUUCAGUAAGGACAGAAAGAAUUGGAAGCUUUACAAAAGUGCUCUCAGUAAAGAAAAAAAGGUGUUUCAGGCCUACACCGAUGGCCACCUGAGGGUUCUUAACAGCCUCUUCCCUUCCAUAGUAGCUCGGUUUGUCCGGCUGCAGCCACUCAAGUGGCACGGCAGAGCUUCAGCUCAGGUCCAGGUCCUGGGAUGUCCGGUUGCCAAGGUUACACCAAGGUCCCGCUCAGGUGGAGAUUCUCCAUCCAUCAAAGUUAAUAUGGUUACAUUGCCCCCUAGCCCUACACCCACCUCCACGGAGGGCCCAGUGUUAGUGGAUACAAGACUAAGCUCCAGUCAGCCAGUGAUAGUGGCCGUGGGAGUGGUCCUGGGGCUGAUAAUGUGCGGCAGUUGUCUGUUGGCUGGUGUCUGGUGGAAACGAAGGAAAAAAGCUUCCCAAAUGAAGUACUCCUUACCCACAAUAGGUUGUCAGAGUUUCCAGGUAAAAACCCUCCCCUGCCCACCAUCAGAGCUCAUCUCCUACCCUCUGGAACGAAACGCCCAUGAUGCCCUACCUAACCCUCCUCUGAACGACUAUGCUGAGCCUGUUGGACAGAAGGUGGGGUCGACAUUCAGGCCCCCAUCAGAUGAGGGCUACACCACCCCCUUCACCUUCAACCUCUAUGACACUCCAGUAAACCUUCCAGAGUACGCCGAGCCUCUUCCCCCAGAGCCUGAAUACGCCACCCCGUUCAGUGAGCAGCCCUCGGAGCAGCCUGUUCACAACUGCACACACACCGCUCCCACGCCAAUGCCUUCUACUGGAGGCAGGACAGCAUCCCACCAUGCUCAGUAUGACUGCCCCUCACACAGGAUGUUAUCCAACGGUUACUGCACCCCUGUCCUUCAUAAGAACGGCCCACGGCCAGUCAGUGUGGUCUACGCAGAGCCCAAGUCUUGUGACUCUUUACUACAGAAGCACACAUAUGAGGAGCCUUUGUGAACACAGCAAGCACAGGCAUGAAGAGAAAAGACUCAAUUGAGCUACGGCAUGCACUGAGGUCAGAGGGCCAGAGGUAAUGAUCUCAAGUGGCUGCUCAGUUGGACAGUGGUGUUCAGGGUACGAACACUCACAGAGCUGAACGUCCAGUGAGUGAUGUACCCAACACUCAGGAGUCGCUUUAGGCCACUGUGCCUAUAUGUACUCUCACAGCACAGGAAGGUUCCAGAGCCAUAUGGACACAAAUAUCUCCACAGAUACUCUUUAUUGAUAAAUGAUGAUUAAUGACAUUUAAUCACAAGCUGCACUUUCAGAAAAGACAGAUGGCAAUGUAUGCUUCAGUCUGUAUAACAGGUUAAUGCAAAAAAAAAAAAAGCGGACUGUAUAUGUUACUUGUUGUCACAAUAUGGUGUAAGCAUAGUAUUCACAAUAUAGAAUUUCAACAUGUUUUGUUAUCAAAAGAAAAACACGUUAGAAGCAUCAUAAAUGGUUCACUGUAACAGUGUGGUUGCUAUUACUGCUAAGAUUACACAUAACCAGUAGAUGGCUCUCUUGAGCUGUGAACAAUAAUAGUAAUAAUAAUUGAUUGUUUGAUCAUUUGUCUGCUGGUCCUUUAUCCUAAAAAAGUCAUCCUGUCUCAACAUAUAUAAUAUUUGGAAAAUAAAUGCUUUGAUUAUAAUAUUACAUGUAAAGGCACAACAGGCAAGGUGGCAUAAGAGGACUCAUAUGUUACAUGAACUAAAACUGGUGACUCAACUUAUUAGUUUGUCUUUGUUACUUCAAAACAGACAAGUGAAUAGUUGAUAAUAUGGCUCCCAACUGGCCCUAUAAUGGAAGAAAGACAAAAAUGACUUUUAUAGUAAUGCUAAUAUGCAGUUCUUUUGUUACAUAAUGAACUUGUGCCACUGCAAAGCAUCUUUGUCACAACAAAGAACUCUGACCUCAAGUAAAUACAAAAUGAAAAAAAUAAAUCCUGACUUUAAUUUAUGUAGUUUUCUUUGACAUUUCUAUAGGAUUUUGUUCCUAAAUGGUAUGAACUACCUAAUAAUUUGACUUAAAAUUAACUAUAAUGAUUUUUAUUCUGUUGCUUGAAAAGUGUAUUCAGGAAAUAAAGUACUUUACCUUUUGCACACA